CAACACUGAUUCAGUAAUUGACAGUGUAAAUUUUGGCCUCCAAUUUGAAAAAUCUAGACUACCUUACAAACUCAUUUUAAUGAAUUAUUUAAAAAUUUCGGUUUUUAACGCGUUUUUCAUCAAUCGUUGCGUACCAAAUUCUAAAAUAAAACAUUUUCAAUUCAAUCGAUAAUCUGUACCCCACCAAUCUCAUCAGACGUAGCGCCCUCUAUUUCCGUAACCGUUCCUUUCGCGUACUUUUGCGUUGUGUUGUGAUUCGGAUGGGUGGUGUUCGCGUUAUUCUAUCAAAACACUAAGAAAAUAACCCGUUAAUAUAAGUUAUUAAUUCACCCAGUUGUUCAAAAACACCACUUUUAUUCAGGGUGUCGUUUCACAUAAGCUCCGACCAUGGCGUCGGAACAAUUUUCACUAUGCUGGGACAACUUCCACAAGAACAUGAGUUCAGGGAUGAACUCACUGCUAGAGAGCGAAGACUUAGUCGAUGUGACGUUAGCCGUGCAAGGAAAGUGCCUGAAAGCACACAAGAUGGUGCUGAGUGUGUGUAGUCCCUAUUUCAAAGAACUCUUUAAGUCCAAUCCGUGUCAGCACCCGAUAGUGUUUAUGAAGGACGUUUCGUACGAAGCGCUUAGUGACCUUUUGCAAUUCAUGUACCAAGGAGAGGUGCAAGUUAGUCAGGAGAAUUUAACCACGUUUAUUAAGACUGCCGAGGCCCUUCAGAUUAAGGGACUCACCGCCGACGGCAACGGUUCUGCCGAGAAUGAGACUUCCGAAACCCAUGAAAAACCUCAACGGCAUGUGGAAGAGUACAAACCCAUGCCAAGGCCAAAGAAACAACCCGCACCCGCAGUAGCACCAUCACCUUCAAUCAAAAGGCAGAGGCUGUCGUCUGACAACCAGUCGACAGCGUCAAUCGCGUCGACGCCGAUAACGAAGCAGGAGCCUAGCGCGAGUGCUUCAGUCGGUUCGACGUCCCUGUCUCAACCCGAACAGGUUCACUUUAAAAUGGAACCUUACGAUCAAGGUAGCGGGAUAUUGGACGAGACGGGAGACGAGACGUUCGGCGACGACACCUUAGACUCUGGAGAACUGAAGCCUCAAAUGAAGGAUGCUCACAUGAUGGUAAAAAGGGAAGGUAGAGAAAAAUCGAGGACUCAGAGAAGAAGAUGUAAAUCCUGCGCUGCCCAAGGUAAACGUACAGAAACAUUAUACGAGUGCCGAGACUGUCCAGAUACUCCAGGGUACUGCUUGAAUUGUUGCACUAUCUACCAUACGUAAAGUGAGACGACACGGCUGUGGAUGAUACGGAGGACUAUUCGAUGAUGGAAAGCGGCGUUGGUGAAAGCGAAGGCGGGGAACCGCAGGCUGGCACCAGCGGAACGGACGGCACGGGCGAAGGACAAGACGUUGAAUGGUUCUUAGAAACCACCAAGGGUUUGUCGAGCAACGGCAUUGUCGUUGGUGGUUUCACUUACCAUCAGAACAUCACCAAGGGAUCAUCUGGAACUAGAUACUUGAUCUGCGCCGAGUACAAAAGCUUGACGUGCAGAGCUAGAGCUCUCAUACCUCCUGGAGGUACAGCCGAUGAUCUGGUGUUGAAGAAACAACACAACCAUCCUCCGAUGGAAGACGUCAUGAUCAAGAAGACGUUCGUGAAUAUGCUGAAGAAGCUGAUUGCCGAAAAGACUGACAUGCCCUUGAGGGAUAUCUACGAUCUCGCCGUCCACUGGUAUCCAGAGGGCGCGUUGGUAUGCCCUUACGUCAAGAUGCAUCCUUCGAUGAGAAGAUGGCGGGCCUUCAUCUAUAAGGCUCAGGAGGAGAUGCAGAAGAAUGCAGUACAAGAAGGCCAAUGAACGUAUUGUAAUAUGGAGUUUUUCAAUAAAAGAUUAUCAUCGA